CUCUGGUCUCUGCUGGCAAGGAGGUGACGGAGGGCUCGGAGCCACUGUCCUUGGCUGAGAGGGUGGAGAGGAACCGGCAGCUGCUGCACGAGGUGCUGGGGAUGCACGAUCUGUGACUCUAUGACUCUCCAGUCUGCAUCCCCACAGCCCUGGGGUCUUGUGCCCGUUUCCUGGGCUCUCAGAUGGCAAAACAUGCUUUGGAGAAUUGGCCCCAAAGGCAGUUGGUGUGAGGCUGGGAGCUCCCUGCGAUGCCUUCCCCCUUCUCCCAUUCCAGAGGUGCCAGCAAGUGAUGGCGACUGGGACUCAGGGGUCUCACUGCAGGAUGCUGAGGGCUGCAGGGCCUUUGUUCCCGGGCAGGAGCUCGAGCUGAGCCCACGCCAUGAGCAGGCCAAGCAGCUGCUGCAGCGCGCCCGCAUGAAGGCUCGCACCAACCCGCUGCGUGCCAGCCACGACCUCCUGCUGCUGCCCACCGCCGCGCACCCCAGGGAGCCCAGCGGGACACCGAGGCCCAGCGUCACCACAAGAGAGGUGGAGGGCCUGGCAGGCGGCAGUCUGAGCGACUCAUCCAGCGGGGAGUCGGGCUGCAGGGAGCCCCGGCGGCCACGGGGACCCUCCCCAUCCCGCGUGCGCUUUGAGGACGAGUCGGCCCGCGACGCUGAGGUGCGCUACCUGGAGCGGCUGCGGCACCGCCGGGUGCUGGGCUCAGCACUGGAGCGCAGCGGUGGAGAGCCCCGUGGGCACCCCGGGGAUGGCCCUGCCAAAUCCCGUGGUGGUGAUGUCCCUGCUGGGGGCAAGUGCCAGGCCUGCGGCUCCCUGCUCGGUGCCGCCGUGCCGGCUGAAGGCAGCCCCAUGGCACGGGGACGGGAGCGCACGGGUCCUGGUGCUGCUGCCCAGCCUGAACCCAAGGCCCGGCCGCUGGGUCCUGGGGGGUCCCCGCUCUGGAUCCUGCCUUCCCGGCAGCGCAUUCACACUGAGAAGAUCAAGGAGACUUAUAUCGGGAACGUCGCCCGUGGGGAUGAGGCGGACUCAGCACUGGAGAGCACCGACACCUCCGAUGGCUGCCGCACCGACAGCGAGGAGCCGCGGCCCCGCAGCCCCCACCCACGGGGGCAUCGGGAGCCCCGGGCUCGUGGCCACCGCAGCCCCCGCACCCCAGCGCAAAAGGAGAAGGGCACGAGUGUGGCCGGGGGCUCGGGGGCGCUUUGUCCCCCACCAGCGAGUACAGCUGGCAGCCAGGAUGGGGGACACACCAGUGAGAUGGCGGGCAAAGGAGAGCCACUGGUCCCCUCCUCGAGGCCAGCGGGGCCUUCCCACACCCCCUCCAUCAUCACCACUACAAAGGCCUCCUCCCAGGUGCCUUGCAGGACAAGUGUCCCUGCUAGCAGCCACCAGUGUACAGAGCCUGAUGCUGGGAGCACUUUGCCCCAACCCAAGGGUGCGGGGCAGCGGCGGGGGCCCUGUGGCCCUGUGUGGCUCCCAGGGAGCCCCCUGCGUGCCUUGUCCACUAAUAACUGCAACAACACCCAUGGACAGGGCUGUGGAAGCCGCCCCCAUGGGCUGGGGACACAACCUGGGGAGACCACCAGGACGCCCAAGGCACAGCACGAUGGGAACGCAACACCUGGGGAGCCAGCACGGGCAACAAGCCGGAAGGGCAGUGGGGAUGCGGCAUCCUCAGGGCUGAAGCGGCUCCUAUGCAGCCUGAGCCAGAGCACCAAGCAGCGCCUGGGCCGCUUCCGCUGCUACAGCAUGGAGCAGCUGCCCGGCCCUGCACCCAACGGCCCCAGCGUGAAGCGGUCGCCCUCGCUGCAGGCACUGGUGUCACCGUUCCGCCAGCCCCAAAAAGCCGCUUCCAUACAGAGCCUGCACAGCCUGCUGGGCAGGGCACCCCGAGCCAAUGCGUACCUGCUGUCCCAGCCUGGGGAUGGGGACAGGAAGGCAGCCUCGGGGCCACGGCACUCGCUGAGCGUGGAGGACAUCGGUGCACCUGACCGGCCGCGCAUAGUGGGGCGUGUGGUGGAGGUGUUCCCCGAUGGCACCAGCCUGCUGGAGAUAGAACGGCCACCACACGGCUCCUUCGGCUUCCAGGUCACCUCUGGGCACGGCCGGCCCGACACAGGUGUCUACGUGCAGGAGAUGGCGGAUGCCGGCACGGCCAAGCUGUACGCGGGGCUGCUGGGGGUGGGCGAUGAGAUCCUGCAGGUCAACGGGGCCGCUGUGUCGGGCCUGGGGCUGGCACGCAUCCGGGAGCUGCUGCUGCAGGCAGACAGCCUGGCCCUGCGUGUGCUAAGGCAGCGCCCGGCUCGGCGGUAG